AUGACGGUGAAGAAGAGAGGCUGGUACUUCGGUGCCGACCCGAACCAGGAUCUCGAAGCACAAGGUCUCGACUGGAUGUUGAAGAGGAUGCUAGGCUCGAACCAGGGGAAGAAGAUGCGCAGAGGUGACCAGUGGCAGUCGAGACUGGUGGCCAACUAUCUCCGGAGGGUGGACAAGUUCAGGGAGCUGUUCAUAUUCUGCGUGCACGUCUUGAGCGGCCAGCCCGCCAGAGGAACCGAGAUCACCAGUCUGCGCUUCCGCAACGGAGUGGCCAACCACCGCAACGUCUUCGUCUUGGACGGCAGAGUGAUGACGGUGACGAGCUACCACAAGUCACAAGCAAUGCUCGACAUGCCCAAGAUGGUGCCACGCUUCUUGCCGUGGAAACUGGGUCAGAUCGCGGUCAUCUAUCUCACCCACGUGCGGGCGUUCGCCGAGUUGCUGUCGGUGCAGGUACAGUACGGUCAAGGAUGGAGUGACUACAUCUGGGCGGACUCGCACGGCCCGUGGGAGACGCAGAAGCUCACCGACACGAUGAAACGAGAGACGGCCAAACGACUGAAGGCCAAGCUACACACCCAGAACUACAGACACGCCGCCGUCUUUCUAGGCAGGAGAUUCGUCGGACCGAGGUUCGCCAAAGGCUACCGAGAGGAGGCCGAAGAUCCGGAAGAAGCCCAGGCGGGUGAUAUGGAUGACGAUCUCGAGGAGGGCAACGCGAUCGAGCUACAGAAAGCCGGCGGCUUCGGCACCGGAGCCGGCAGAUACGCGGUCAGAGCGGACAUCUUGAAGUAUCUCAACCAAGAGUCGAUCGACAUCUUCGGCGAUCUCAGCGAAAGCUGGCACAGGUUUUCGAGCUCGACCACAGAGAUCCGAAGAGGAAAAGAAAGGCCGAGAGCAGCAGCAACAAAGACGAUGGGAUGCAAACCGUCGACUUUGAAGGAUUGA